AUGACGGUCACAACCGAUGUUGACCUUGGUGACCUGGAUGAGGUAGCAUUUGUUGGAUUUCUCUGCUGUAAAGUUACUUCCCCUGACUCGACCCCCAGUACUGUUCUCUUUGGAAGGAAGUUACCGUACACAGCCCACCCUCAAGAAGCGCUAAGGCGAAUACAUCAGACACCGCCGCGGAACUUUCCGGCUUCUAAGGCUGUACUUCGAUACACGAGAGAUCUAUUGCCGUUCCGUUUUCAAACUGCACCUUGCAGACGUAACCGGCUAGGAUCUCGGGAUAAAGAAGGAAGGCUCCGGGAAGCUGGCGGCGGCGGGUCCUGGGUCCUGCGGAACGUGGCACGUAGGAGGGUCCUGGAAGCUCCCUGGGGGCCUUUUUCUGCUCCUGCCAGUGGCUUCUGUCGAGCGACGCAGGCUGGACCUGGACAGAGACCGCGACUGUCCCUCACCUGCUGGCUGCGGCUGGGGCUGGACGGAGAUUUGAAUCAGUAUCAUAUUCCAAGUUUAUAUUGGAGAUCAGAUCAAGCAGAUAUUUAUAUCUGCCUGUCUUUUCUUUAUUUUAGCUGGACCACACGAAUUUUGAGGAAAGGGUACAGACAGCGCCUGGAAUUGUCAGACAUAUACCAAAUCCCACCUGCUGAUUCUGCUGACAAUCUGUCUGAAAAAUUGGAAAGAGAAUGGGAUAGAGAGCUGGCUUCAAAGAAAAAUCCCAAACUCAUUAAUGCCCUUCGGCGAUGCUUUUUCUGGAGAUUUAUGUUCUAUGGAAUCUUAUUAUAUUUAGGGGAAGUCACCAAAGCAGUACAGCCUCUCUUACUGGGAAGAAUCAUAGCUUCCUAUGAUCCCGAUAACAAAGUGGAACGCUCCAUCGCGAUUUACCUAGGCAUAGGCUUAUGCCUUCUCUUUAUCGUGAGGACACUGCUGCUACAUCCAGCCAUUUUUGGCCUUCAUCACAUUGGAAUGCAGAUGAGAAUAGCUAUGUUUAGUUUGAUUUAUAAGAAGACUUUAAAGCUGUCAAGCCGUGUUCUAGAUAAAAUAAGUAUUGGACAACUUGUUAGUCUCCUUUCCAACAACCUGAACAAAUUUGAUGAAGGACUUGCACUGGCCCAUUUUGUGUGGAUCGUUCCUUUACAAGUGACGCUCCUCAUGGGGCUGAUAUGGGACUUGUUACAGGCCUUUGCCUUCUGUGGACUUGGUUUACUGAUAGUCCUCGCCCUUUGUCAAGCUGGACUAGGGAGAAUGAUGAUGAAGUACAGAGAUAAGAGAGGUGGAAAGAUCAAUGAAAGACUUGUGAUCACCUCAGAAAUGAUUGAAAAUAUCCAAUCUGUUAAGGCAUAUUGCUGGGAGGAAGCAAUGGAAAAAAUGAUUGAAAACCUGAGACAAACAGAACUGAAACUGACCCGGAAAGCAGCCUAUGUGAGAUACUUCAAUAGUUCAGCCUUCUUCUUCUCAGGGUUCUUUGUGGUGUUUUUGUCUGUACUUCCCUAUGCACUGAUCAAAGGAAUUGGCCUUCGAAAAAUAUUCACAACCAUCUCAUUCUGCAUUGUUCUGCGCAUGGCGGUUACUCGGCAAUUCCCCUGGGCUGUACAAACAUGGUAUGAUUCUCUUGGAGCAAUAAACAAAAUACAGGAUUUCUUACAAAAGCAAGAGUAUAAGACGUUGGAAUAUAACUUAACAACUACAGAAGUAGUGAUGGAGACUGUAACAGCCUUCUGGGAGGAGGGAUUCGGGGAAUUAUUUAAGAAAGCAAAACAGAAUAAUAACUCUAGAGAAAUAUCCAAUGGUGAUAACAGCCUCUUCUUCAGUAACUUCUCACAUCUUGGUACUCCUGUCCUGAAAGAUAUCAGUUUCAGGAUAGAAAGAGGACAGUUGUUGGCAGUUUCUGGAUCUACUGGAGCAGGCAAGACUUCACUUCUAAUGAUGAUUAUGGGAGAACUGGAACCUUCAGAGGGCAAAAUUAAGCACAGUGGAAGAAUUUCAUUCUGCUCUCAGUUUUCCUGGAUCAUGCCUGGCACCAUUAAAGAAAACAUCAUCUUUGGUGUUUCCUAUGAUGAGUAUAGAUAUAGGAGUGUCAUCAAAGCAUGCCAACUAGAAGAGGAUAUCUCCAAGUUUGCAGAGAAAGACAAUACAAUUCUUGGAGAAGGUGGAAUCACACUGAGUGGGGGUCAACGAGCAAGAAUUUCUUUAGCAAGAGCAGUAUACAAAGAUGCUGAUUUGUACCUGUUAGACUCUCCUUUUGGAUACCUAGAUGUUUUAACAGAAAAAGAAAUAUUUGAAAGCUGUGUCUGUAAAUUGAUGGCUAACAAAACUAGGAUUUUGGUCACUUCUAAAAUGGAACAUUUAAAGAAAGCCGAUAAAAUAUUAAUUUUACAUGAAGGUAGCAGCUAUUUUUAUGGGACGUUUUCUGAACUACAAAGUCUACGACCGGACUUUAGCUCAAAGCUCAUGGGAUAUGAUUCUUUUGACCAGUUUAGUGAAGAAAGAAGGAAUUCAAUUCUAACUGAGACCUUACGCCGUUUCUCAUUUGAAGGGGAUACUGCUGUCCCCUGGAAUGAAACAAAAAGACAAUCUUUUAAACAGACUGGAGAGUUUGGGGAAAAAAGGAAUAACUCUAUUCUUAAUCCAGGGAACUCUGUAAGAAAAUUUUCAGUUGUGCAAAAGACUCCAUUAUCAAUGAAUGGCAUCGAAGAGGAUUCUGAUGAGCCCCUAGAGAGAAGGCUGUCCUUGGUUCCAGAUUCUGAGCAGGGAGAGGCUAUCCUGCCUCGAAGCAAUGUGAUCAACACUGGCCCCACACUUCAGGGACUAAGGAGGCAAUCUGUGUUUAAUCUAAUGACACACUCAGUUAACCAAGGUCAAAACAUUCACCGAAAGAUAACAGUAUCCUCACGAAAAAUGUCACUGGCUCCUCAGGCAAACUUAACUGAAAUGGAUAUAUAUUCAAGACGGUUAUCUCAAGAAAGUGGCUUGGAAAUAAGUGAAGAAAUUAAUGAAGAAGAUUUAAAGGAGAGCUUUUAUGAUGAUACGGAGAGCAUACCAGCAGUGACUACAUGGAACACAUACCUUCGAUAUGUUACUGUCCACAAGAGCUUAAUUUUUGUGCUAAUUUGGUGCUUAGUUAUUUUUCUGGCUGAGGUGGCUAUUUCUUUGGUUGUGUUAUGUCUACUUGGAAAUACCCUUUCUCAAGGAAAUAGUACUAAAAGUGGAAAUAAUAGCCAUGCAGUGAUUAUUACCAGCACCAGCUCGUAUUAUUUUUUUUACAUUUAUGUGGGAGUAGCUGACACUUUACUUGCUCUGGGAUUCUUCAGAGGUCUACCACUGGUGCAUACUCUCAUCACAGUGUCAAAAAUUUUACACCACAAAAUGUUACGGUCAGUUCUUCAAGCGCCUAUGUCAACCCUCAACACGUUGAAAACAGGUGGCAUUCUUAAUAGAUUCUCUAAAGAUGUAGCAAUUUUGGAUGAUCUUCUGCCUCUUACCAUAUUUGACUUCAUCCAGUUGUUAUUAAUUGUGAUUGGUGCUGUAGCAGUAGUCUCAGUUUUACAACCCUACAUCUUCCUAGCAACAGUGCCAGUGAUAGCGGUUUUUAUUAUGUUGAGAGGGUACUUCCUCCACACCUCACAGCAACUCAAACAACUGGAAUCUGAAGCCAGGAGUCCAAUUUUCACUCAUCUUAUUACGAGCUUAAAAGGACUAUGGACACUUCGUGCCUUUGGACGGCAGCCUUACUUUGAAACUCUGUUCCACAAAGCUCUGAAUUUACAUACUGCCAACUGGUUCUUGUACCUGGCAACACUGCGCUGGUUCCAAAUGAGAAUAGAAAUGGUAUUUGUCAUCUUCUUCAGUGCCGUUACCUUCAUUUCCAUUUUAACAACAGGUGAAGGAGAAGGAACAGUUGGUAUUAUUCUAACUUUAGCCAUGAAUAUCAUGAGUACAUUGCAGUGGGCCGUAAACUCCAGCAUAGAUGUGGAUAGCUUGAUGCGGUCUGUGAGCCGAGUCUUUAAGUUUAUUGACAUGCCGAAAGAAGAAGGUAAAUCUUCCAAGUCAAUCAAACCAUCCAAGAAUGGCCAGCUCUCAAAGGUUAUGAUUAUUGAGAAUCAACACGUGAAGAAAGAUGACAUCUGGCCCUCAGGGGGCCAAAUGACCGUCAAAGACCUCACAGCGAGAUAUAUAGAUGGUGGGAAUGCCAUAUUAGAGAACGUUUCCUUCUCAAUAAGUCCUGGCCAGAGGGUGGGCCUCUUGGGACGAACUGGAUCGGGGAAGAGUACUUUGUUAUCAGCUUUUUUGAGAUUGCUGAACACUGAAGGUGAAAUACAGAUCGAUGGUGUGUCUUGGGAUUCAAUAACUUUCCAACAGUGGAGAAAAGCCUUUGGAGUGAUACCACAGAAAGUAUUUAUCUUUUCUGGAACAUUUAGAAAAAACUUGGAUCCCUAUGAACAGUGGAGUGAUCGAGAAAUAUGGAAAGUUGCAGAUGAGGUUGGACUCAGAUCUGUGAUAGAACAGUUUCCUGGGAGGCUUGAUUUUGUCCUUGUUGAUGGGGGUUAUGUCCUGAGCCAUGGCCACAAGCAGUUGAUAUGCUUGGCCAGAUCUGUCCUCAGUAAGGCAAAGAUCUUGCUGCUUGAUGAACCCAGUGCUCAUUUGGAUCCAAUAACAUACCAAAUAAUUCGAAGAACUUUAAAACAAGCAUUUGCUGAUUGCACAGUAAUCCUCUCUGAACACAGGAUAGAAGCAAUGUUGGAAUGUCAACGAUUUUUGGUCAUAGAAGACAACAAAGUGCGACAGUAUGAUUCUAUCCAGAAAUUACUGAGUGAGAAGAGCGUCUUCCAGCAGGCCAUCAGCUCCUCGGACAGGGUGAAGCUUCUGCCUCGCCGGAACUCGAGCAAGCACAAGUCUCGAUCCCAAAUCGCUGCUCUGAAGGAGGAGACAGAAGAAGAGGUGCAAGAAACACGGCUUUAA